GAAGUUGUGGAUGUUGGCCCUGAAGUAAACUCCUUAAAGCAGGGUGACAAGGUUGUCUCCCUCCUAAACAUCAUGACUGCAGGAGGGCUAGCAGAGUAUGCCGUCGCAUCUACGAACCUCACAACCAUCCUCCCUCCCACAAUUCCUCCAGAUGAAGCCGCUGGCCUGCCUGCCGCCGCCCUCACAGCCCUCCAAGCUCUUCGUUACGCCGGCGUCGAACGGGGACGUCCAAACCAACAACCCAAAAACAUAUUGAUCACCGCCGCAUCCGGCGGUGUUGGCCAAUUUGCCACUCAGCUGGCAAAGCUAGCCAACCUCCAUGUUACCGCCACUUGCGGGGCUCGCAACAUUGACCUUGUCAGGAGCCUGGGCGCCGAUGAGGUGCUGGACUACAAGACUCCAGAGGGUGCCAGUCUGACAAGCCCAUCAGAGAAGAAGUAUGAUGCUGUGAUCCAUUGCGCAACCGGCAUUUCCUGGUCAGCAUUCGAGCCGAACCUUGCGGAGAAAGGGAAGGUGAUAGAUAUAACUCCUACGAUGAAGGUGAUGAUGGCUUCACUUUUGCAGAAACUUACCUUCUCUAAGAAGCAGAUUGUGCCACUUUGGCUUUCGCCGGAAGGGAAGGACUUGAGCUUCAUUGUGGGACUGGUUGGGGAAGGCAAGCUGAGAACGGUGAUUGACUCGCGGUAUCCAUUGGAGAAGGCUGAGGAGGCCUGGGCGAAGAGCAUGGCUGGGCAUGCCACUGGGAAGAUUAUUGUUGAGAUGAGAUGAGAAGCAGCAGCUAGAUGGCCUGUAUGUUGCAGUGAUGUUACUUCCAGAGUUGAAUAUUUGGUAAAUAAUGUUAUGCUACUUUGUUUAAAUUGUAAAACUUUGGUGAAUUUCAAUGUUUCAAUUGGCUCCUUUACAUGUACAUAAUUAUUUGUAUGUAUUAUUUUCUACAUUGCAUUUUA